AUGGGUAAUACUCGUCAUUCACGUAGUCUGCAGUCGCCCAAUGAAAGCGUGGGACCGAUCGACAUGGCUCUUUUGGAUUUGAGAGCGCUAUUGCCGAAAAUGGAAAACGAAGUCGGCGCCAUGCAAAGUCAUCACCUUGACUUUCCCGGCGGCGCAACGCUUAUAUCGAGAGUCACCACCGCACAGAACGGUCUCGUUUGCCUGUCCGAGGCACUUGGUCUUCGUGCCUGGAUGAACGCAGGGCAACGUGAGCAGCCAGAGGCUGGAUGGAGCCUGACGAGUCGACGACAUAAGAAGGGUCUGGAUCGGCAUGCGAGGUUGAGGAUAAGAUGCCGGGACCGUAAAUUUGAAAGGCGGAAAGGAAGGCUGGACUCACCUUACCACGACCUACCCAAGCGAUAUUUGGCUCUUCCAGCAAGUCUAGCCAUUUCUUUAAAAGCCAAGGCUUUCCGUGGUUUGUGGAAGUUGAUGCACUUGCAUGACGUUCCGCCUUAUUGGGUAGACCUGGUUGGCAUGACGCGGGACUCCCAGCCCGACGCAAAGUCACCUCACCCGAUCGAGAUUCUGAGGGAGAAUACUGAGCCGGAGCCAAGCUCAAGCCCUGAGCAUUUCUUUGUAUAUGUGAAGAUGACUUGGGCUCUAGUCGUUGAUUUUCGCACCGAGCUGGGGGGUGGGCCGGGAGGAGGUGGCGAUGUGGCUCAUGAGUCACGGCUCAUUGGUAGGGGCUGUUGUGUCGGCAUGGCUCGUGGGCAUGGUGAUUCCGUGAGAGAGCGAAGAGGGAUUUUUAUGCCGUCUGCAUGGAGUGAGUCCGCGCUGGUGUGGGAUAGACCAGGAGCUGAUGGUGUGACGUGGAGGAAGCUGAUGGAUGACGGGGGGGAGGUUCCUCACUGGAAGAGCUUUGAGCAUGAUGGUUGA